UAAGGCGAACCAGUCAUAGAUACGCAGGCCGCGAGAUCGCUUUACACUACAGCGUCGGAACAGUAAUAACCUGUUUUGAACUAUCAACAUCAUUACAACCUCAAAAAGCGAACUCGCAAACAUAAUAGUCCAUUAUUUAGUCAUCGUUUCAAGGUUUUCUCUGGUUUAUUUGUGUAUAUUACGAUAACGCGGAGUGUUUCAUUGUGUUCAUGCGACGUUUUACGUAGCCGCCGGCGUUCCCCUCUCAUUCAUCAGCCGUUGAACUCGGUACUCCACAGCUAUAAUAAAGUUUUGGAAAUGUUCCUACAAGGAUGCAAGCGGUAUAACAUCCAUUGAACCGAUGACUGUUCCGGCAACGGUGUCAACGAUGUCAAUCAGACAAACCGGUGAAUUUAUAAAACACCAACAACUAGGCAAACAGGGCUCCGAACCGGUCAACUUUCCACCGCGGUAUCAUCCGCCACCUGCCGCUGCGGGCUCCAAAUUACCCACUACGGACGCGGCCGCUAAGGAAUUCAAACCUAAUACGACUAAAACUAUAGAUCCCAAUAAGUUUCAAUAUCCAGUGGGAGUGCCGAAUACGACUCCGGGUUUAUACCCCUCCGGCGCCUAUCCUCACCUGAAGUAUUUUCACGGUCCCGCGGGAUAUCCAUUACCUCCGGCAGCUUUACGGAUGAUACGACCAAGUGGUGAGAUCGUCACGAAAGCUAUAGUACACGAACCUGUCGAAGCUACAGCGAGGGCGAGGAGUGCUGACGAUACACAACGUGCUCAUCGCAAUUUAGAAGAGGAACAGAUACACAGACGAUCCGCUGACAUGCUCAAGUUCACGAAACGUAUCGAAUCUGAUGCUGCUCGGCAAUCGACUGAUCAAAGGCGGCAAAUUCAAACACUCUUAGACGAAAUAAAAGCAUUGAAAGAGGCUAAUCGGCGAUUAAGCGAAGAUAAUCAAGAACUCCGUGACUUGUGUUGCUUUUUAGAUGACGAUCGUCAAAAAGGUCGUAAACUAGCGCGCGAGUGGCAACGGUUUGGAAGAUACACGGCUUCCGUGAUGAGACAAGAGGUGUCGGCUUACCAAAACAAACUGCGUGAGUUGGAUGACAAACAACAAGAACUCAUACGAGAUAAUCUCGAAUUAAAAGAGUUAUGCCUGUACUUAGACGAAGAACGAGAGCGUAUUUCUUGCGUGAAUUGUGGAAGGACAGCGACCAGAGAGAGGGACGACGGCGAUGGAAGCAGUAGUGGAACAAACGCUGAAGAAGUAUCACGACCACAGGCUGCUUCUUUAUCAAUAACGCAUCCCCAGCUUGCUGAACGUACAGUUCAAUACGUGAGAGACUUGGAGCAAAAAGUAAGACGAUUAGAAGCAGAGAAAGGUAUGGGGAAUGGACUUAACGAGAGACCAGAAGCGGUGGUACGCGCCCUGCAAGUGUUGGAAGUAAGAGAAAGAGUCGAGAGAGAGAGAAGAAGACCAGCUCCUGACUUAGAUUGUGGCGAACAAGCGUUAGUGAGGGAAAUGUGUAACGUUGUUUGGGGAAAAUUAGAGGAUGCGCCACCGCAGGCGCCGCCGCGUUGAAUCGCUUGUAUUAGUACGAUUUUAUUGAGCCAAUAAAUGUUAUGUGUGAGAUAAGCCAUUCGAAAGCGAAGAUCGCUCGGAAUUCAAGAAUAUUGAGGUCACACAACCAUGUCGUGGCGUGACCUACAGAAUACCUUAGGUACUGGCCUUGUUUACGAUCGGAUGUAGUGUAGUUUGAACUGUUACAAUAUAAAAAUGAAUAACGCUCCGCUUGCCACAUUGAAACUAGUUAUGCUUGAAUUAAUAAAUCUUAAAGUACAAAAUUAGAAUAAGAUUGCUUGCCUAAUGAUAAAGUUAUCGAAUAACUAUGAUUAUUAAAAUUGUUCUUAGUUAUAUAGCCGUUAUGAGUUAUGAGCCGCUCUAAUCUUAGAAGUGCUUACUUUGUAAGAAUAGUUUUUAAUGAGGCUAAUACUAAUUUAUUAAUUUUGUCUGUGAUUGAUUGUCCUUGUAAUUGUUCAAAAUAUAAAUGUGACCAGAGGCAUUUUUAAGUACAAAAUGUGAAUAUUUAAGAGUUCAAUUUGUCAAAUUAUAAAAAUAAGGUACCAUAGCGUUUUCCAUCUCUUUCUAGUCGAUGCCAUUUAAUUACAAUAUUUACUCACUGUCGCCCAGUUUGCCCUGUUAUUGAUAUGUUAUUUAUUAUUGAUUAUCUAAAAAUAAAUUAUUUUCUUUUUAUUACAUA